AUGCCUCAGGAUGAGAAGGACCCUGAGAUGUCCUGCCCCACAAAUGAUCCAAAGGAGGCUGAAUUAGAGACAAAAGGAGACAUGGGCGAUCUGUAUGAGGCCCUGGAGAAGCUCCAUGGGCUCUCUGAUGGGGAGAAGGGGGAGAAGGCUCUGCUACGUUCACGCCUCCAUGAGCAGUCUCAGCUCAUCUGCAUAUUGAAGAAGCGAGCGGAUGAUACCCUAAUGCGCUGCAAGGCACUGGAAAGUCUCAACAUGGAGCUGGAGGAGUUGAGGAUGGAGGAUAGUGUGAGGCUGGAAAGUCAGACCCGGCGGGCCCAGCAGCUGGAGGAGCGCUUUAUGGACUUGGCUGCCAACCAUGAGGACAUGAUUCGUUUCAAGGAUGAGCACAAGCAGCAGAACAUGCUGCUGAGGGAGGAAAAUAAGCGCCUGAGGCAGGAAAACAAUAGCCUUUUCAGCCAGGCUCUGAAGAAGAAGGAGGCUGAGGUUCUCCAGCUCACUUCCCAGGGGACGAGGCUCUCUCAGGAGGUAGAUUCCUUAAAAGAGAGAUGUGCUCAAGAGAGCCACAGAGCCCAGGAGCGAGAGAAGGAGCUACUGGAAGCUCAGAGCCAACAAGCCAGUGUCCAUGCCAGGGAAACUGAUUUACUGAGAAGCCAACUGCAAAGCCUGGAGGAGAAGCACUGCCAAAUUGCUGCACAGCUGGAGCAGGCAGAAAGGCAACGAAAGGCUGAGGGCAGCGAGCUGCAAGCCAAGUUGGAGAGGGUGAUCCGUGACAAAGAGGAGCUGCUGCAUCUGGCUAUGGAGAGGGGCAAGACACUGCAGGAGAAGCAACGGGAAAUUCAGCAGCUGGAGAAGAAGCUGGAGUCUGCAGAGAGGGCCAGGCUGACAGCAGAGGAGCGCUUUGUGAGAGAGGUAGCAGCAGUGGACAGCAACCUAAGGGUCCAAGAGCUGCAGCGACGUCUGGAGGGAAAUGAGCAAGCAUACAGUGAGCUCUGGAUGCAGUUUGAUGCUUACAAGAAACACAGCAUGGACUUACUUACUAAAGAAAAAGAGCUGAACAACAAACUCCGCCACUUCAUGUCAUAACCCCUCAUCCUCUGUUCAGCUCUCAGCAGAACUAUUAUAGCACACUACUUACUGCUUGUUAGUAACCCUUUUUUUAAAAACUAAAAUGAUCUUGUAUCAGAUUUCUUUAUUAGUGUGCUCACAACUUUACAAACCUUUUAUGAGGGCUGGUUUGAAGCCCAUUUUUUGUUUCCAUACUAUUGAUUUGAGGUGGCAGCCUAAAUGCAGCACUUUGAGUUAGCAGAACAAGUUAUGCUAAAUAAAAUUGGGAAACAAUGGA